GUGUAUAGUUUGGUAGAUCAAAUACCUAACCUUCAAUUUUCACUUUUCAGGAAAACUGGGUUGAAUUUCACUUCGUCUGUAAAUUACUACGUUUACUCGUAGGUAAAUAAUGUCAUUAGUUGCCGAUUAUGGAGAUUCGUCCGCCACAGACGAAGAGAGCGAUUCAGAUUCCUCCGUAGUAAACGACAGCCCUCCAGAAUCGACCGAUCUAAAAGAAGCCGCACCGAAAUUGCCCGCGCCCGACUUUGUCGAGGCAAACUCUUCGCAGACUUCCGUAUUUAGCAAUCCGUUCAAACAAGCCGAAGAAGAGAAGCGAGCAAUUCUCGAGAAGCACGUCAAGAUGGUCAGCACUCAGGAGAACGUGCGUAGCAUUAACGGCAAGAAGGUCUGUUGGAAUUAUCGGAAGGGCAAGUGUCGAUUUGGCCACAACUGUAUUUACGCUCACGAUUCGGAUGUGCAGAAAACAGGCGAAGUUCAACAAGCAGUCUUGUGUCACUCGGAAACAGAUCGUACUAGUACCAGUCGGUCUAAGAAACGGCCAGGAUUGACCCAAGGAUUGGUUCCUGGCAAAAAGAUUAUGAAGAACUAUCACAAACAGAGCAGUACAAUUUUAAUUAAUAAAAAGUAAAUAAAGCAUCACAUAUUAUUACACAA